AUGCUUCCAAGCACAAGCAUAAAAUUAGAAGGAAUGUUCAAACCUCAAGCCCCCAGAGAAGGAUCCAGCAGAUUAAGCCCACCCUCUCCAAGUUAUCUAAAAGUCCCCUCCUUACAUCCAACGGACCUCGCCCCCAAGGACAACUUAUAUAGGUUCCUAGGUAAAAGAAGCAUCCGCUAG